AUGAAAGAAGCUCAUAUCCAGGAAGAUGACAGUGACUCUCAUGACUCAUAUGAGAGUGUUGAAGAUGAACUGUACAGACCUCCAAAAGUUCUAGGAGACAAUCGGUAUAGCAGUGAUAGUGAUAAUGACUCUGGCAACAGAAAAAAAAGUGCAAAAAGGGACAUCAAGUCUGACGUCAGAGAGAAGCACAAGCCUCCUAAGGCCAGAUUAGGUGAUAAAGAAAUAGACACUGAUGACUCUAGCUAUGAGGGUUCUGAAGAUGAACAAAGCUCUGAGUUUGAUUUAGAUGACAAUGAUGGUGCCUCGGAUGCUGAAUUAUGA